AUCAUAUAUGAAUUUGUCACAGGUCGAAAGCGAAAGCCGCAGACAGUCAGUCGUCCGCCACUCGAUCGCGUCUCUAUAAAGGUUUCCUUUGUUGCAGUCGACGCACGGCAGUCCCACCAUCAGCACCUUCACUCGACACUCGACACUCGACAAUCGCCACUCGAUACUCUCGACAGUUGAAUCUCUCACAGAACCACAGAAGGCACAGCUCCUCGAAGGAACCUCAGAUGUUGCGCAUACGCAGUGUGGACCACGCGACUCUGCUCGUAAUUGCAGUCAUCACGAUUGUGGCCGCGAAACAGGAGAGUUCAGUGCGUCAAUUUGGUGGCCAGAACUUUGGCAACGCCCUUGGCCCUUCUUUUGGGGCAGGCGGAGCAGGAUUCGGAGGGGCUGGGUUCGGCGGACCCGGAUCCGGAGCAGGAGUGGGAGUGGGAAUGGGAGGCCUGGGAUUUCCGGGACAGGGCUACGGACCACCGGGGCAGCAACCGGGAUGCCCGCUGUGCGACUCGUCGGUCUACUCCUACUGCUCCCACAAGAUGGUGCACGACGCCUGUUGCUGCGACUUCCCAGGCGGUGGUGCCCCGCAGUUGCGACCGCAGCAGUGUUUGUACUUCGACUGCUCGCUGCUUUAUGCCAAAUCCUGUUACGAACACGCCCUCAUCAGGAACUGCUGCUGCAACAAUCCCUACUGAAGCCCAGAACCAAAAACCCAACCCAACCCAACCAAACCAUCCUGUCAACCGGCAUUUAUAUCGGAAAGCCCAGCCAAGUGAUUUGUUUGCACUUUUGAUUAAUUUAUUCGCUCAAUCCCAUUUAAACUGCAUGUGCCGCGAACAGCUUAAUUUUUAAAUCGAAUUCUUGCGAACGGCGAUGCUAAAUUAAAUUAAGUAAAUUAUUUGAAAAA